GAAAAAGAAGGACAAGCCACAGGGACGCACAGGGACAAGAAGACAUACUUUUAUUUUGAGCACAUUGUUAUUCAGGAUAAAAACAAAGGAGAUGGUUCAGAAAUCAUCCGCUCUGGGAAAAAUGUGUAUCCAUUCACCUUUGUGAUUCCAAAUACAGAUAUGCCUUCAUCUUACGAGGGGAAAUGGGGCAAAAUAACAUAUAGUGUGCGAGCACAGCUGACUCAGUCCAUCUGGCUGUUCCACAAAACCAAGACUGGGUUCCCUUUUCUGACCAAGUCUGAGUUCCCCUUUGCCUCCAGAUCAGAAAUGAUAAUCAUCGGACUAAAGGAAAAACAAUAUGCAACCAGGAUUUCAUUUUAUGGCUCGGCAAAGGUUGCUAUGAAUGCUACCUCUGAAAAACUGGCAGUAAAGCAAGGUGAAGCAAUGGCAGUCUCUGUGGAGGUACUCAAUGACUCUGCACGCACAGUAACACCCACAUUCUACCUGUGUGAAAAGCAGACCUUUGUUGCUCAGUCAAAGAGGACUGUACACACAAGUGAAACCCUCUUUGGGACAGGUGACCCUAUUGCAGCUGAGACCAGUCAGUCCACAACCAAAGUUCUGAGUAUCCCUACACAACUCCACCCAACCUUCUUCAACUGCUGCAUGAUGAAGCUCGAGUACAGACUCAAGGUCAGUCUUGAUGUCCCAAGAGACUCAGAAAUCAAACUUCCUCUGGUCAUUCUGCUGGGCUCGCCUAAAACGCAUCAACAAAACCCAAAGAGAUCCAUCUGGUUUCAAAACCUUCCUAGUUAAAAAUAUUCAAUGGAUCAAGAGCCAGUUGUGUUUGCAUGUUUCAUGGCAAGGAGCAACAGGACUCAAAACAAUAACACAGAAUAACUGUAGCUGCUUUUAAUUUAGUUCAAACUACCUCAAGUGCAUAAUUCACUGUGCGCUCUCUUGUCCACUAGAUGGAGAUGUGUGUCACGAAGUAGCCUACCAGUAAUACUUGAUUCAUUUGAGUGUUUGGACUUAAAACCAAGUACUCGCAUCCUUUACUUAAGUAAAGUUCCAAUACCGUAACGUUAAAAAAUACUCCAUUACAUUCACACCUGUGAAUGACAUAUUACCACCUUUGACAUUAUAAGAUUAAUAUUGAUGCAUCUAUAUGACAUUUUACUUUUGUAGCUGGUUGAGGUGGAGCUAGUUUAAUACUUUAUACACAGUAAGGUAGUUUAGCUUCAUGGGUAAGAAAGAUGAAAAACAUAUAGUUCUGCUACAACUACCUAACUAACUAACUGCAGAACUACCUAAAAAUUGUACUUACAUGUACUUGAGUAAAUGUACUUAGUUACUCUCUACUACUGCACUGGAAUAUGUAAAAAGCUGAAUUUGGAUGUUAGGGGAAGAAGUCCUUUAAUAAGAGAGUAAAGGUAAAGACAGGCUUCUUCUGUAUGAGGUCACUAAUUAAUUUGAGCCGAUAUGAAUAAUUUACAUUUAAGAAGUAAUUCGUCGUCACGAUCGUGACUGUUGGGAAUGAAGAGACAAACAAUGACUCAGUAAGAGAGAAUUAGAUGUUGGGGGUUUCUCACGCUCAUCUUUGUCCAUGGACUCAUUUUGCAACAGAGGAAAAGUAUUGAACAAAGGCACAUUCACGAUUCUAACAGUACAUGUGUUACCCAAGCAGCAGUUCUUAAGUGAAACCAGGCCCAUGUUCUUGACAGAGACUCAGAGAUCUUUCCCUGCCCAGGAGGGGAAACAUGUUGAGAGCUGAGCAUUUUAUGGUUGGGAUCCAUCCUGGAAACAUUAGAUCUGCCUAUUGUGACACCACAGCCCACAGCACACCCACCUACCCAGAGAGAGAGAGAGAGAGAGAGAGAGAGAGAGAGAGAGAGAGAGGGAACAGUGUUUGGUUCUGACGCACAAAUAAGUCUUCAGGAUUUCACGUUCAGCCCACAAAACAGAGAUUACUCACUACAUUAAUAACACAAACGCACAAGAGUAACCAACAAACGCAGGCUUCAGAUCUUGCUGUUCAGGUGUACAUGUACUCUGCACUGCUGUUGUGGGAAUUGAAAAAUGUUGCUCAUAUUUUAACUCACCUUUGCUGCAAUUCACUUGUUAUUGUGUGUUACUUGACCCUGUUAGAAAAUGUAUAAAUAUUUGAGUGGAAACACAUCAAAUGUAAUUCAAAUUGUACGUCAAACAGCUUUUAUGUAUCACUUAUUGUAAGCGUCUGUAAUAACUGUGAUAGUAUAAUGACUAUGUGGGUGAGGAGGACUGACUGACAGCCAAUGAAAUAACUCAGCAAAUGUUGGAAAAAUAGAAAGUACAGGAUCUAAAAGCUGUUUGAUUAAACAGCACAUCAUUUGGUUUUAAGUAGCACACUAUACAGUGCAGAUCAUUAAAAAAAAGCACCUGCAUGAAGAUAUCUGCAAAGCAGCAGGGUGGUUCCUAAAUGAAAUAGAAGAGUGACUUUCAGUGGGAUUCGGUUUGACGCUGAACACAGUGAGACAGAUUCCUCUAAUGCCUGAAUCCCACACCUGCAUGAA